AGUUCGCCUUUUUUUUUCUUAAUAUCGAGCUCUUAAUAUCAAGCAAUUCUUACGGGACUUUGCAGCCCAUUCGCAACCACGAAGUUCGUUCGUCAACGCAUCAUGUCCGCGGCGUCUUUACUUCCGUCAAAGCUGGAGGGCUUCGUACGCCCCGAAUUCGAAGACACAUGCCGCCGGCGCUUCUUUUAUGGCCUCGCCUUCGACCCCUACGGCGGAACGGCUGGUCUGUACGACUUGGGCCCGACGAUGUGCGCGAUGAAGAGCAACAUGCUGCAGUUUUGGCGCCAGCAUUUUGUGCUGGAGGAGAGCAUGUGUGAAGUUGACACGACCUGCCUGACGCCGGAGGAGGUGUUUAAGGCGUCCGGCCACGUGACCCGCUUCAACGAUGUCAUGGUGCGUGACACCGUGACGGGCGAGUGCAUCCGCGCUGACAAGUUCCUCGAAGAGUGGAGCGAGACGCAGAUGGCGAACAGCGACGUCACGGCGGUGCAGAGGGACGAGUUCCUGCACCUGCUGCACGACGCGGCCGGCAUGAACCCGACCCAGAUCAAGGCUGUGAUGGAUAAGCACGCCAUCAAGUCCCCCAAGGGCAACCCCUUCAGCGACCCUUUUCCCUUUAACCUCAUGUUUUCCACCCACAUCGGCCCAGAGGGCGACCGUGUCGGCUACAUGCGUCCUGAGCUGGCACAGGGCAUCAUUCUGAACUUCAAGCGUUUGAUGGACUCCGGCAAUGCGCAGCGCAUGCCGUUUGCCGGCGCCUGCAUCGGCACCGCCUUCCGAAACGAGAUCGCCCCGCGCGCCGCCCUCAUUCGCGUGCGCGAGUUCACGCUAGCGGAGAUUGAGCACUUCGUGAACCCGAACAACAAGGCGCAUGAGAAGUUCGACCGCGUGCGGGACGUCGAGAUCUGGGCGUGGCCGCGCGACCGUCAGGCGAACAACGAGGAGCCGAUGCGCAUGAAGGUUGGCGAGGCGGUGGACAAGAAGAUCAUCGACAAUCAAACGCUGGGCUACUUUAUGGCUCGCGUCGCCAUGUUCCUCGAGUCGAUUGGCGUGCGCUUCUACCGCUUCCGCCAACACCAAACGACGGAGAUGGCGCACUAUGCCCAGGACUGCUGGGACGCCGAGCUGCUCACCUCCUACGGCUGGAUCGAGUGCGUCGGCAUUGCGGACCGCUCCGCCUACGACCUGACGCAGCACAGUAACGCGUCGAAGAAGGACCUGUGCGCGCGAGAGGAGUACGACGCCCCCCGCGUGGAGCGCCAGCUGCAGCGCAACUUAACCAAGGGUCUCAUUGGCAAGACUUUUGGAAAGAAGGCGGGCGAGGUGAUGGAGUUUCUGAACACCGCGCCGGCGGAGGCAUGUGAGGCGAUUCGCGAGGCCCACGCGAAGGGCGAGGCGGCCGCGGUGACGCUGCCCUCCGGCGAGGCGGUGUCCAUCACGGACAAGAUGGUCACGUUUGCGGAGAAGGACGUGAAGGUGACGGGGUACAGCUACACGCCGAGCGUUAUCGAGCCCUCCUUCGGCGUCGGCCGCAUUCUGUACUGCCUGCUGGAGCAGAGCUACUGGGUGCGCCGCGACGAGGCGAGCGGCAAGAACGACAAGCGCGCCGUCUUCAGCUUCACUCCGCUGCUGGCCCCUCAGAAGGUGGCCCUGCUGCCGCUGAUGGUGAAGCCGGAGUUGAUGACGACCAUCGCCGAGCUGCGCGCCGAGCUCGUGCGGCGCGGCAUCUCCGUCCGCGUGGACGACAGCGGCGUGACGAUCGGCAAGAAGUACGCCCGCGUCGACGAGCUCGGCAUCCCGUUUGCCGUGACGUGCGACUUCGAGGACGACGGCGCCGUCACUCUGCGCGAGCGCGACACGGCGUCGCAGGUGCGUGUGCCGAAGGAGGAGGUGACCGACGUCAUUGUGGAGCUGUGCAACGCGCACAGCCCGCGCACGUGGGAGUCGGUAGUGGCGAAGUACCCUGCUCAGGGUGCUGCUCCUCCGGAGGAGCGCACGGUGUUUGAGCGCGUCAUGGACGACACGUACGGCUUGUAA